UUGUACCCGUUUUUAGUUAGUUUCCUGUUUCCCUCUCCCUCUUUCUCUCUCCUAGCUGCUGCUCUCUCCUCUUCUCGUCCAAUGUAUAACUUCCCCAUCUAAAUAAUUCUCUCUUUCCCCAGAAAACACCACCGACUCAGUCAUGGCACAGACACCGAUUCAGCUAACCACCUUCUUCUCCUUCUUCAUCUUCUUGUCUUCCUUUCAACUCGAUCCCACAACCGUGCACGGCCUCUCGACCAAUUCAACCACCACCGUCCUUCUAGAUGGGGCCCGACCUGCCAUGGUAUUGCCGCUCUUUCUCUCUCCUCCAAAUUCUUCCAAAUCACCGUCGAAUCUGCAUCGCCAUCUCCAAGGAUCCAAUGCUAGCAACCGUCCCUACGCUCGCAUGAGACUCUACGACGAUCUCCUUCUCAACGGGUAUUACACUACUCGGCUUUGGAUCGGGACUCCACCUCAGAGAUUUGCUCUUAUCGUUGAUACCGGCAGUACUGUUACGUAUGUCCCGUGCUCUUCUUGUGAGCAAUGUGGCAGGCACCAGGAUCCAAAAUUUCAGCCAGAAUUGUCUAGCACCUAUCAACCUGUAAAGUGCAACAUUGAUUGCAACUGUGACAAUGAAAAGGUACAGUGUGUUUAUGAGAGACAGUAUGCUGAGAUGAGCACUAGCAGUGGUGUCCUUGGUGAGGACAUCAUAUCCUUUGGCAAUCAGAGUGAAUUGGCACCCCAGCGUGCUGUUUUUGGUUGUGAGAAUCUGGAAACUGGUGACCUUUACAGUCAACAUGCUGAUGGCAUAAUGGGAUUGGGCCGUGGUGAUCUUAGUAUUGUUGAUCAACUCGUUGAAAAAGGUGUAAUAAGUGACUCAUUCUCAUUGUGUUACGGUGGAAUGGAUAUUGGUGGUGGUGCAAUGGUUCUUGGUGGUAUAUCUCCUCCUUCAGGCACAGUCUUUACAGAUUCAGAUCCUGUGCGCAGUCCAUACUAUAACAUUGAUUUGAAGGAGAUACAUGUUGCGGGGAAGCAGUUGCCUUUGAACCCAAGUGUGUUUGAUGAAAGACAUGGUACUAUCCUCGAUAGUGGUACAACAUAUGCUUACCUACCGGCAGCAGCAUUUGCAGCAUUUAAGGAUGCUAUUAUGAAGGAACUUUAUCCCUUAAAGCAGAUCCGUGGUCCUGAUCCAAAUUAUAAUGAUAUUUGCUUUUCUGGUGCUCCAAGUGCUGUUUCCCAACUCUCAAAUGCAUUUCCACCAAUUGAUUUAGUAUUUGGUAAUGGGCAACACUUGUCUCUAUCACCUGAAAAUUACUUAUUUCGGCAUUCCAAAGUUCGUGGUGCAUACUGUCUAGGGAUAUUCCAAAAUGGGCACGAUCCAACUACUCUUCUCGGAGGAAUCCUUGUCCGCAAUACUCUUGUGAUGUAUGAUCGUGAAAAUUCAAAGAUGGGUUUCUGGAAGACCAAUUGUUCUGAGUUAUGGGAAAGACUUCACAGAACUGGUGCCCCAGCACCAUUGCUCUCAGCUUCAAAUGGAACAAACUCAACUACAGAAAUGCCACCUACGAUGGCUUCUAGUGACCGACAGCAUUAUGCUCUUCCAGAUGAGCUCCAAAUUGGACAAAUAACAUUUGAAAUUUCAAUGAAUAUCAACUCAUCAGAUUUGAAGCUUCACACUAAGGAACUUAUUGAAUUCAUCACUCAGGAGUUAGUUGUUAAUGCUUCACAGGUCCAUUUACUGAAACUUACUUCCAAAGGAAAUUAUUCACUCAUUGCAUGGUCCAUAGUGCCUUCAGGAUCUGCUGAUCACUUUUCUAAUGCUACUGCUCUUAGUAUAAUUUCCAGGGUUGCUGAACAUCACAUGCAGCUUCCUGAUACCUUUGGAAGUUAUCAGUUGCUUCAAUGGAAAAUUGAGCCUCCAGCAAAUCGGGCCUGGUGGAAGCAACAUUAUUUGCUGGUGGUUUUAGCCGUUAUUAUUACAUUGAUUCUUGGAUUAUCAGCUUCUGGAAUAUGGUUCAUUUGGAGGCGAAGACAACAAACAUUGAGUACAUAUAAACCUGUUGAUGCACCAGCUCCUGAGCAAGAACUACAGCCAUUAUAAACUCUGAAUGAUUGUCUGUGCUUUGUGAUCUACACCAAGUAUUUGAGAUUCGCAUUUUUUACUCCAAUGGCUGUAAAUUUACAAGCAGAGCUACUUAAUCUACCAAAGAUUUUGUUAAGCGACAUGGACUGUCGUUUCAAAUACAUUAUAAUGGUAUUGAUUAUAUGGGGAUGUAUAGAAACUACUGCACUCAUUAUUAUUGUAUUUUAACAAAAAAGUAUAUCAAAAUUUUGCAUAAUAAGGGGAAUGCAUGAAAUGCUUUCAUCGGUUUUCUUUUUGCUC